CCCUAGUUUUGCAUAUCUAUUUGGCCGCUUCUUGGCUUCUUCUUCAUCUUCUUCUCUGCUCACACCUCAAAAUAGUCGAUGCCCUAGUUUUGCCAUCGCCCGCCUCGCUUCACCUCAAAAUCAGGCGCAACCCAUUAUUUUUCGUUGUCUCACUUCCUCCGAUCUCGGCCUAUUGGUCCAGCGAUUCUGCCUCCCCAGCCCAACAGCUUCUCUCUCUCUCUUUUCCGUCGCUUGCCCACCUCGAAUGCUCCGUAGCAGCAACCUGCGCCCCUCCCCAUAUCAGUGACCAGUCGAGGCCCAUUGGUCCGGCGACUCUGUAGCAGUUUCCGGUGCCUCCCCAACCCAACGACUAAUAGCAGUUUAAUCUGAGAUGGCAGCUUAUGCAGCUCUCGCUUCUCUCUUGAAUACCAUUCAGCAGAUGAUGACCCAUCCUACCCUUUCCACUUCUUUCCACAACAUUAAUCAGAUCCAAUCCCUUCAGGAGAAGGCUGAUUUGUUGCUCGAUUUCAUAGAGACCUUUAAUUAUGGUGGAGUUAGCGAAGAAGCACAAGAUCUCGAAAGCCUAAUCACAUCUGCUGCUCAUACAGCCCAAGAUAUGAUUGAAUCUCACAUCGUCAAUCAACUCCUUCCUCUUUCAGCUGAUGAUCGCGAUGCAGCUUUGAGUUUCUCCUUGUAUCUACAGAAAAAAAGGGCAAUUGAAGAGAAAAAUCCAGCUGCAGUUGGAGAUGUGGAUCAAGUUCACGGUGGAUCCAACCAAGCAAUUGAAGAGCCUGCAUCUCAUGUGGCUGGAGAUGGAUGCUUGGAGUAUCUGCGGCAGAUAAUUGAAGACAUGGAUGCUAUCAUCGGAAAGGCCAAUGAGUUGAUGGAGAAACAGAGAGUGAGAGAGGACCAACCUCCCACGCAUUCAACACCUCAGUAUACUCAGACCGGAGAAGAAACUGUUAUGGUGGGGUUUCGUGAUGAGUUGAUUCAGCUUCUUGACGAGCUCACCGGUCAACGAUCCAAUCUGCAUACCAUCUCAAUCGUGGGUAUGGGCGGCAUGGGUAAGACUACUCUUGCCAAAAAUAUUUAUGCUCAUCAACUCAUCAUCGAUCGCUUUGAUAUUCGUGCUUGGGCUACUGUAUCUCAGCAUUACAAUGCGCAUUACAAUGCUAAACAAAUUCUUCAACAACUUCUUUCUGACAAAGACAACUCCUCCGAUAAAGAUGUAAAUAAAUUAGGAGAACAGUUACAUAAAACUUUAUUUGGUAGGAGAUAUUUGAUCAUAUUAGAUGACAUAUGGAGUGUUGAAGCUUGGGAUAAAGUGAGGCGUUUCUUUCCCGAUAACGGAAAUGGAAGCCGAAUUCUUCUAACUACUAGGUUGUCAGAUGUGGCUAACGAUUGUGGCUCUUCUUGUUUUUCAAAGAAUCUUCUAGAUGAGAAUGAAAGUUGGGAAUUAUUCUGUAAGAAGGCAUUCCAAAAUGAAGAUUGCCCAAGUGAACUUGAGGAGGUUGGAAAGGAGAUUGUUAGAUUAUGCAAAGGACUAGCAUUGUCCAUUGUUGUGAUUGGUGGGAGUCUUCAAAAGUCUCCUAGGACAAUAGGAUAUUGGAAGAGUGUUGCCGAAGAUAUAGAAUCAAGUCCCAAUUCAAAAGAGAAAGAAGAAAGCUUAGAUGUAUUGUUUUCAAGUUAUAACCACUUGCCUCCUCAUCUAAAGCCUUGCUUUCUUCAUAUUGGAGUUCUUAAGCAUAUAAGUUCUUUUUACCUCAAGAUCUCGAGAAUCAUCCAACUUUGGGUUGCUGAGGGAUUUUUGAAAUCAAAUGGAGGCCAAGUUUUGGAAGAGAUUGCAGAGGAUUACUUGAAGGAACUUGUUGAUAGAAAUCUGAUAUUGGUCGGCAGGCGAAGUAAAAAUGGGAAGAUGAAACGUUGUGAUAUUCAUGAUCUUUUAAGAGACCUAUGCUUAAAAGUAGCAGAUCAACAAGGGUUUUUUCAUGUGAUCUCUCAAGGUCAAGGUCAUGUAGUAGGCACAGAACGUCGCCUCGUAUAUCACAAUGAUUGGUGGAGCCAAACUUCCAGUCCCCAACUUGCACGCUCUAUCAUGAACUCUGAAUUUCAGAAUGAGGAGUUUCAUAAACAUAGAUUGCUGAGAGUUUUGGAUGUAUACAGUGACGGGUCAGUUGAAGAAUCAUUAAAUGGGUGUGUUAACUUGCGCUACCUUGCUGCGAGGCAACCUGGUUACCUGUCUAUGUUGGAGCUUCCUAGUUCAUUAUCCUUGGUAUGGAAUCUGCAUGUUUUAAUCUUUCACAAAUCUUUCACCUACCGUCGUCGAGUUGUUGCACCAAUUGAAAUUUGGAAGAUGCGACUACUUAGGCAUAUCCAGUGUCCUAAAAUUUAUCUUCCUCACCCCGAUGGACAAGAUGAGUUGUUAAUCUUGGAUAAUCUUCAGACGCUUGGGAGAGCAGUGAAUUUGAGGUUGAGUGAGGAUGUGUGCAACAUCAUUCCCAACAUCAAGAAAUUGAAUCUUGAAUAUAAUGAUGACUUUCAAGGAUGGGAUGAUAGUUUGAUUGAUUGUUUGUGUAAUAUUGAUCGCUUGCAUAAACUUGAAUCACUAAAACUGGUAUGCAUCAGGUUUGGCCAGCUGAAUAUUGAGAUGCUCUCGUUUCCCAAAUCUCUAAACAAGUUGGCUUUGGAAAUGAUCAAUUUUGAAUGGGAUGAUCUGACAAUGAUUGGUUCGCUGUCCAUACUGGAAGUUCUCCAGAUAAAAUGGAACUGGAAUGGCAGCACGUGGAGUCCUGUUGAUGGGCAAUUUCAACGCCUCAAGUUCUUGAAAAUUGAUGGCUGUGAGCUGAGAUGUUGGAAUGCAGAUAGUUGUCAUUUCCCAAUUCUGGAGAAGCUUCAGCUUAGUUGGCUACGUGACUUGGAAGAGAUCCCAUGGGGUAUUGGUGAGAUACCAACACUCAAACUUAUUCACGUGGUAUGUUGUAGCAACUCUGCCGCGAUUUCAGCUAUCAAAAUAAAAGAGGAGCAGCUCGAGUGUCAGGGCAAUGAUGACCUUCAAAUCCAAAUUACUGUCCUCGAACAUGAAGUGGAGUGCUUCAUGGCAAUGGUGGAAGCAGAGGGCCUCACACUUAAUAAUGUUCAAUUUGAUACAAAUUAGGCAUUUCGUUUUCUUGGUUUGAAUAAAUUUCCACGAUGAUAACUUUUAUUUUUGAUUUCAUAUUUUGUGCUUUUAUCGUGCAAAUUUUACAGUACAUAUUUCUAUCGUUUGAA